UGCAAAUACGCAGGUUAUUGACUCACCAGAGAAGACAGAACGGGUUAAUGACGUUUUCAGUUAAGCCUUGGGACUAAUUAUGCUUUGAGGAUUGACUAGAGUUCUUACUUAAAUCUCUUUACCGAAUUGCACCUGGGAGGAGGCACGUGACGGUUUCAGAGAAAAGAAGUGGUGGAGAGCGGACAGGCAGUGAGAUCUCAACAGCAGGAUGCCUGAACAUGUGCAAGAGCGGAAACCAAAGAUCUCAGCCUCGAGGAAGCUGAUGCUCAAGAGUCUCAUGGUGGCAAAGGCCAAGGAGGAACUAGAGCAGGAGAUUUUAGACAAAGAGGGGGAGAAACAGAAGUACCUGGCAGAGAGAGCUCCUCCUUUAAAUAUGAGUGGCCUGAGCCUUGGACAGCUUCAGGAUCUCUGCAGAGAGCUCCAUGCCAAGAUAGAUGUAGUUGAUGAGGAGCGAUAUGAUAUUGAAGCUAAAGUCAUGCUUAACACGCGUGAGAUUAAAGACCUGAACAUCAAGGUUCUGGACCUCAGGGGGAAAUUCAAGAGGCCUAAUCUUCGACGCGUCCGUGUGUCUGCUGACGCCAUCCUUCGCUCGCUUCUGGGCUCCAAGCACAAAGUCUCCAUGGAUCUGCGAGCCAAUCUGAAGUCAGUCAAGAAAGAAGACACUGAAAAGAAGAGGCCAGUGGAGGACAGUGACUGGAGAAAGAAUGUGGAAGCCAUGUCAGGGAUGGAGGGAAGGAAGAAGAUGUUUGAUGCUGCUAAAGGCUCUGCACAGUGAAGCCGGAAGGUGGGCUGGUGUCACAUCAGCGACAUCACUCCCCUGCAUCUGAAUCUGUGUUGGUCUUCCUGAGUCUUUUGCAGCUUCUUUGUAGUUGUUUCAUGCUGAUGUCUUUGUGUAUGCUCCUACCAUGGAGGUGAAAAGAUGUUUUUCAACUAUUCUGUUAGCUUUUCUUUGAUAAGGUGUUUAAAUGAUUUUGUCUGUUAUGUAAGAUUGUUUGUACUUUUCUUGCCAUUUUGCACCAUAACCCCAGAUAAUCAGGCUGAUAUUUGUAUGACAGAUCAAAGUCAAACAAAACUGAAUAUGUGAUUGUUUUGCUCGGGGAUGAACUCUGACCGUGUAAAGUGGUUAAAAAAAAAAGUACAUUUCAUCAGCAGGACUUAAAGGAAUAAUGGAUGAAUAAAAGUUU